UAAUAUCCAAAGAGAAAAAAAAAUUCAAUCAAGCUUCUCUGUUUCGUAGUUUAACCAAACCCACUUCCCAGUUUACUCUGCAUAUUAAAAGCUCUCUCCUCCUCCAUUUGUCUUUUCGUUCUUCUAUUUGUUCUUCAUAAAUAUUUCGUAGAUUUUUCUUUUUCAUGUCUACACCUUUAGAGCAUGACUACAUAGGCUUAUCAUCAGAGGUUCCUCCAAUGGAAGGCUCUGAUAACUUCUCCAAUGGUGGCCUUAACUUGAAAGCCACCGAGUUGAGACUCGGGUUACCUGGGUCAGAGUCACCGGAGAGAGAUAAUGCGAACUCUCAACUUAGUAUUGGUGUGCAGAGCAACAACAGCGGUAGCAGCAGCUGCUGCAACAACAACAAUAAUAAGAGCUUUGUGUCAGGUGCCAAAAGGGGAUUUUCUGUUGCCAUUCACGGUGGCUCUGCCAACUGGGUUUUCUCAGGUAGUGCUGGAUCUGAGCCUGACUUCUCUCCCAGAGCUGCUAAUACUGGCAAAGUGAUUACUGGGUCGGAUUCAGUUCCGGUUAGCAAAGACGGGUUGCCCCAGUCACCGAAGCCGGUCGCGCAGGAGAAGAAGAAUCAAGUUCCUGGAGUUAAUGGUCAUGGAGUUGCUCCUGCUUCUAAGGCACAAGUUGUGGGAUGGCCACCAAUUCGGUCCUUCCGAAAGAAUACAAUGGCUUCUCAUUCUCCAAAGAAUGAUGAUGAUGCAGAUGGCAAGGUGGGAUCUGGAUGUCUAUAUAUUAAAGUCAGUAUGGAUGGUGCUCCUUAUCUGAGGAAAGUUGAUCUCAAGACCUAUGGCAGCUAUACAGAACUCUCUUCAGCACUGGAAAAGAUGUUCAGCUGCUUUACAAUUGGUCAGUGUGGCUCUCAUGGAGUUCCCGGCCGAGAUGGACUGAGUGAGAGUCGAUUGAUUGAUCUGUUGCAUGGUUCUGAAUAUGUACUCACCUAUGAAGACAAAGACGGUGAUUGGAUGCUUGUUGGUGAUGUUCCUUGGAAGAUGUUCACCGACUCUUGUAGGAGAUUGAGGAUCAUGAAAAGUUCAGAGGCAAUUGGCCUAGCACCAAGAGCCAUGGAGAAGUGUAAAAGCCGGAACUAGUGAGAUAAUGUCGCUAUAACAGACAAAAUCCACUAUCUGGGAAAUUGUUGAUAGAUGAUGCUUAAGCUAUUUGAUUGUUGAAAAGCUUUUAAGUCAGGUGUUUGCUUAUGUUUCUAGAUAUUAUUGCAGUUUCAGUUGGUUGUACUAAGAAAAUCUGCAGAAGGCAAGAUCAAUAUAUAUUGUGAACAGAAGACUGAGGGUUUAUAGGUUUGUGGUCUCCCCCACGUUUCAUGUGUAAUCUUAUUUGUGGAUGAUCAAGGCUACGAUGUUGUUGUGUGAA